AUGUACAAUGAUGGGGUGGGGGCAGCUCCGCUGACUAGGCCGCGGCGGCCCUGGCCAUCGACUUCCGGAAAUUCCAGAAGCGGUUUCCGCCACAGCGAAGUGGUGGCGUUUCUCAACGAAGAGGUGCUCAGUAAUGGUGGUAACCCAGACUUCUACCUGACCUUCCCUUCACGGCCCUGGAAUGAGGUGGAAGACAACCUGCAGUCCUUCAUGGCCGACCCUCAGGCGCCGCGCGCCAUUAACAGGGCGUGUGCCUGGAGCUCCAGGGCCCUCGGGGUGCGAGUGGCCCGCACGAGGCAGCGGGAGCUGCAGGCGCGUCGGGUCCGGCGGCUGAGGGGGCAGGUGGAGGAGUGUGAAGGAGCCGCCUGGGCUCUGGCCUCGGAACUGCAGCGGCUGCGUGAGGAGAGGGACGAUGUGGUUUCUCAGUUGCAGAGCGCCAGAGAUGACCUGAAGCAAGCGCUGGGGGAGCGCGAUGCCCUGCGUGAGAGGCUGAUCCAGUUGGAGCUGUCCCAGGAAGUUGCUCCUGAGUCUCCAGAUGAGCCGCACAGGAUUGGGGCAUGGCCUGUGGAUGCAGGGGGACAGAGAGAGGCGCUUGCCACAGGGUCAAAGGGUACGUAGGAUGUGGAGUCUGAGGCCCAGAUGGCGUCUCCAACAGCUCCAGGAAAUUUGGGUGAAACUGAAGAAGCUCGGGGCCCCAGUGUGUGACUCCUCAUGAUAUACACUUCUGGCUGUCAGCAGCCGUCACCUAAGACCUCAACUGGCUGGAGCUAAAAAGAGAACGAAGGUAUCAGGGAGAAGGAGACAUUCUGGCACACAUUUUAGAACAAGACAGAGCAGACCAAUUUUGUUAGAACUCAAUCCUUGUGUUGGAGAAAAGGGAUUGACAUUGCAGAGUACAAAAGGGUUGAGAGAAGAAUGGUAAUCUUAGAGAUUGUAGCAAAUUUGUUUAAUUUCAUUCAUUUGUUUAAUAAACAAAAAGUUACUGAUGGCCUAGUAUGUGUUAGAAACUAUAACUCUGUUAAUAUCUAGUGUACACAUUAUAAUCAGUUGGGUGAGAUUGGUUAGAUGACAAGAGAGAGCCUAAUUUGAGAUAUGUGGAGCGGGGUGUCUCCUUUGUCUUGCAUGAAAUGUGACCUUUGGCUAAACCCAGUUGAAAUAACAUCAAUGCCUGAGGUUGUGGCUCAGCAGUAGAGCACUUGCCUAGCACGUGGGACACCCUGGGUUGGAUCCUCAACACCAUAUAAAAAUAAAUAAACAAAAUAAAGAUUUAAAAAAGAAAAAAAUAGCAUCAAGAUCCAAUUUUGGAUUUAAAAAAAGAUUCCACGUUUUUGGUUCUGGGGAGCAAUGUCAAAGACGCUUUCAUGAAAGGGCUUGAGUGACCAAUUGCUUGUCACAUUAAUCCCAAAGAAGAUGAAUGAGCAGUCGCAAAAAAUCAGGAAAGUAUCCUGGCAAAAGGACAGGCAGGGCUUUUCUUACCCUCUGCUGAUUCCCUUUCUUGAGACACAUCUAGUUUUCCUGGCUACCCUGCAGCCUGCCUGAAAGAUCACCGGGCUGUCUUGUAAAAAGACAGGGUUGGGGGAGGUAUUUUCUACAUACUCUAGUCCUCAGCCUCCAGCUGUCCCCAUCCCUGGUUCCUUUCCAAUGAACAGUGGAUGAAGAACAAAAUGCAUUCCAAAGACAGACUUCAGGGCUGCUGUACUAUGUAUGUAUGGUGCUUCUCUUGGAAGGACUAAUUGGGCUAUAAAUAGAACUGGAGGAGGCAAGAAAUCUCCAGAAUGCCCUUGGGCCCCUUGCCUUCCACUGAGUAUGUUAUCUGCAGAUUUUUUGCUUCACCAAGACAGCUGCAAAGCAAGGAGGAGCCAAGGUAGAGCCCAGGGAGUGGGAGGUGCCAUUCUGAACAGGUUUCCCAGAGUUCCCCUGGAGAUCCAGCACAGCUCACCAAGAUCAACCAUUUUGCGGAGGUUUUCUGAUCCUAACUAGUUAUAAAGAGUUUAUACUUAUAAAAAAACAAAUGGACUGGUGGUGUGGCUCAGUACUUAAGUGCCCCUGGGUUUAAUUCCUGGUACCAAAUAAAUAAAUUAAGUAAACAUGCCACCCAGUAUACCAGUGGGAUCCCCUUUUAUCCUUUUUCUUUUCUCUUAAGACUUUGGCCCAAAAGUACCAGUGGAAUAUGAACACUUCUAAGUGCUAAGCUAAUGCAGGGGCUGUGUGUACAAGAGAAAGCAGAAGUGCAUACUGAAUUUUGAAAACUGAACUAAUAUUUAAACCACAGCUCAAGUCUGAGACUAACAUCUGAGUGAAAAAUGUAUGAGACAAACCUGAAGCAGUACAGAAAAGGGUUCAAAAACCUCAUAGACACAGUCACCACUCAAGUCUCAAACUAAUCCCUGAGUGGAAUCUGUACAAGUCAGAACCAAAGGAGCAUAGAAAACUGAACUUAUUAGAACCAACACCCAGAGAAGGCAAGACAGAACUAGUGGGCUCAACCCAACCCAUUUAUUAACUGAUAAACAAAGAUUAAAAGCAACAACAUUAUUACCACUAGGCAGAAUAGAAUCCAAAAUUAUUCAACAUGACAAAUAACCAGCAAAAUGUGAUCAAUUUUCAAAGGAAAAAGAUAAUCAGCAGAUGCCUAUGUCAAAAUCAUACACAAACCAUGAGACUGAUGAAAACAACAGAUGAUUAUGACACAUAAACAUAGAAGCAAUAAUAUUCAACAGAAAAUGAGUGAAAGAACUAGCAAUAUAUAAGAGGGAUAAUAGGUCAUGAUCAAGCAGAAUUUUUAUUGGGGAUGAAAGCCUGGUUCAAUAUUUGCAAAUAAAUGUAAUCCACUAUAUUUUCAAGCAUGAUCAUUCUGACUGAUGUAGAAAAAGCAUCUGCAACCUUCAACAUCUGUUCAUGAUAAAAACUCAGAAAAAUUAUACUUAAUAGUGAGAAAGUAAAUGGUUUUGCUCUAAGAUCAGGAAUAUGGCUAAGAUGUCAUUAUGUUUAUUCCUAUUCAACAUUGUACUGAAGAUCCUAGCACUAUAAAAAGCAAAAAAAAAAAAAGGAAGUAAAAGAGA